AUGUCUACGAAAAGAAUAGCAGUUAUAGGGGCGGGCGCGAGUGGUCUCCCUGCCAUCAAAUCGUGCCUGGACGAGGGGUUAACGCCCGUGUGCUUUGAAAAAUCCAACUAUAUCGGAGGGUUGUGGCACUACACGGAUGAGCCGGUAGAUGGCCAGGCCUGCGUCAUGAAGUCAACGGUCAUCAACACUAGUAAGGAGAUGAUGUGCUACAGUGACUUCCCCAUGCCGGAACAUUAUCCCGUCUUUAUGCACAACACUCAGGUCUACAAGUACUAUAAACUUUAUGCUGAGCAGUUCGACUUGGAGCAACACAUCCAGUUCAACACUGAAGUCUUGAUGGUGACAAAAGCUGCCGACUUUGCCCGCACUGGCAAGUGGUUGGUUGAGUACAAGAGUAGCAACACAGGGGCGGAGAAAUCAGAAAUGUUUGAUGGGGUUCUGGUAUGUAGCGGACAUCAUGCGGAUAAAAAUGUCCCGACUUUUCCCGGAUUAGACCAGUUUAAAGGGCAGGUGGUGCACACACACGAUUACAGAAAGCCAGACGGGUAUGACGAUAAGAGAGUUUUGGUCAUUGGGUUCGGGAACUCUGGAGGUGAUGUGGCAGUAGAGUUGAGCAGAAGGGCCUCACAGGUGUACCUAAGUACCAGACGCGGCACAUGGAUUCUGAAUCGAGUGGCGGAUAAUGGAUACCCACUUGACAUGCUCUUUCUAAGGCGCCCCUUUCUCAAGAUGGCAUCCAUAUUUCCGGGAGUGGCUGAUAAGUUUCAGCAGAGACGAAUAAACAAGAAAAUUGACCAUAAGCUUUACUGCCUCCAACCACAACAUGGCGUCUUGCAGCAACAUCCAUUUGUCAAUGACGACAUGCCUAAUAGGAUUAUCUGCGGCUCCAUCAAAAUUAAAGCAGACGUCAAAUGUUUUACAGAAACUGGGGUGGAGUUUGUGGACGGGACAUCUGAAGACAACAUUGACGUUGUUCUACUUGCUACUGGCUAUACAUUUGGAUUUCCAUUCAUAGAUAAAGAGGUGAUUGAGGUAAAAAAUAACAAGGUACACCUGUAUAAGAUGAUGUACCCUCCAGAUCUGGAGAGAAAUACUCUGGCUUUCAUUGGUUGUUUCCAGCCAUUUGGGGCACUAACUCCUAUAGCAGAGAUGCAGACUCGAUUGGCAACAAAAGUCAUAAAGGGAGAUGUUGUGUUACCUCCCAGUGGUGCCAUGUGGCAAGACAUCAAAGUAAAAGAAGCUGCCAUGGCUAAAAGAUAUUACACGGCUCCGCGUCACACAAUUCAAGUGGACUAUGUUUCAUACAUGGAUGAUCUGGCUGACAUGGUGGGGUGUGCUGUUAAUUUUUGUGCCCUUAUCGUAAGAGAUCCUGUGUUGGCCUUAACUGUGAUGUUUGGCCCAGUGACGCCAUACACCUACCGUUUGAGUGGCCCAGGGCAGUGGUCAGGUGCAAGAGAGGCCAUCAUGACCCAGUGGCAGCGUACAGAACGUCCCCUGCGGACAAGACCUCUCCCGACAAGACCAGGUUCUGGGAUAAAUUUCUACCUGUUUAACCUAGGUCUAGUGCUCAUACUAGUUUUCACUCUGCGGUUUUUGUGGUCAUUUUUUGUAAACUAUUAA